AUGUCUUCCGAAUCCUCCAACAAGUACUACAAAGUCGGGGUUCUUCUGUUUCCAGAUGGAGACAUCCUCGACUUUGCAGGCCCCAUCGAAGUCCUAUCCCAUGUCUCGCAUAACAGAAAUCCAGAUAGCCCCGACAGAAUGUUCGAAAUUAAAACCAUCGCUUGCAGCCCCGCAAUCCGUGCCGCCAAUUCGCUUACAGUCCACGCAGACCUGCUUUUGUCGGACGCACUCGAUCAGAUUUCAGACUUUCAUAUCCUAGUCAUCCCAGGUGGCGCCCCGUCAUUUUUGAAACCAUUAAUCGAAAACAAUACACCGGAGCUUGAUUUGAUUCGCAAAUUUGCAGCCCUACCUGCAGAUGUGUCGUCAGAGCCCAGGGUUUUGCUGUCGGUUUGCACCGGCGCCUUUCUACUCGGGGCCGCGGGUGUACUCGGUGGAAUGACUGUGACGACCCACCACAGCUCCCUUGAUAGACUUCAGGAGAUCUGUGCUCAUUCCAACACUCCGGGUGAACCUGCUACAACUGUACUGUACAAGCGAUAUCUUGAUGGGGGUCUGAUGAAGGGUGGCGGUGUUCGACUCCUCACGGCAGGUGGGGUAAGCUCAGGCCUAGACGCCACAUACUACCUUGUUAGUCAAUUGACAACAUAUGACAUGGCGGUAUUCGUCACUCGAGUUAUGGAGUAUGAUUGGCGUGAGCUCAAAGAGUGA